GCGUGGAUCCUGGCAUCAGUUACUUGACAAGCGAAUUUCGUAGCGUCAACGUCUCUGAAAGGACUAUAAGGAGCUGACUCAAGAGAAUACUUAAAACCUAGUAUCAGAAAAGAAGUUUAUUUAUUUUAUCCUGGUCUAUACCGAUCAAUCAAUCUUUCGAAUUCAAGAAAUUGCCUCAUCGCAGUAUAGCAUCGUAACUAUAGACAUGGACGCUACAUCAUUAACAAAGUCAGUUGCAGUGAACCAAAACAACUCCAUGAUUCACGGCUUGUCCGUACUAAGCAUCGUCGAGGAUAAUAUGAACACGAUGCUCAUGCGAUCGAUGCUCGGGAGGCUUAAACUCGCAAGAACCGACAACAAUGACCCCGACGAAAAUCAGGAGCCAUUAUGUCCCAGCAAUGGUAGCACCAGUUUUAAUACCAGUCCCAUACUUACCAUACAAAACGUUAAUCACGAGUUGACAACCGGUACCGAUUCUCACAGCCGAUCAAUAAUCAAGAAGCAGAGAACAUCUAGGAAACAGCACAAAUCGAAGCGCAAGAUGCGUGUCGGAACGACUAAGGUCAUGUUCAAGAGGAAGAUCUGCAAGGAGCCGUCUCCGGCGUUGGUGGAAUUGAGAAAGGCUCUUGUGAUGGAAACUCUGAAUUCGGAUACAGAUACUAGUUCGGAAAACGAGGAGAAUGCAGAACCACUGCAGAGGCCUGUAUACCAUCAGGCCCUCCUCAACUUUAUUAACGAUUGCGAUGACAAAGAAAAUAUCGAUCUCGAAGAUUUUCAAGCUAAGUUGAAACUUUGAGCAGCAUUUAGGAACGUGAUUAUUAUUAUUAUUAGCGAGCGCGUAUAUAUAGCGAGUAUAUAGCAGUCUUAUUUUAAUUUUCAAUGUUUUGAAUUUGUAAUUUUAAUGUUUGGUUUAUCGAUCGGAAAUGAAGUUAGUGCUCAAAUACAAUUCUGAUCGGCGAGCAUCAACUUUAUACGCACGCUUAGUCAAUACAAUUUUUUUAGGUAUUAUCUUCGACCAUCUUAUCAUAAAGUUUUUAUUUUUUUGAUUCAGUUCAUCGUUGUGGUGUGUAUUAUUUUUAAAUAGUAAAUUUAAGUACUUGUAAUCCAAGUUGGCAUUUUAUUACACGACGCUGCCGCAUCGAUAUCUACGUGCCGUGUAAUAAAGUGCCAUUCAUGUCACACGUGUUGUAAUACUAUUAAGAGAAACAAAAAAUUUUCAUCUAGAAUAAGAUUUUCAAACAAUAAAAACUUAAAGCUAUAAUAUACUUGUUAAAAUGUAUAAAUAUAUUAUACACCCUUCUUGAUAAUGUAACACAGUACCGCAAGCAAAAAAACCACUAAUGUGAUUCACAUACAAUUAUGGAACGACAUUUGCAUAUAAGUAUGCACGAAAAGUUACGGCGUCAGGGCAGCAGCUGUUAAAAAACAUAACUUUGAAUUGAAUUAGACAAUGUAAACACGUUUUCUCUUCUCUGAUUUCUGCCAAUAACGCGCGUGUAUUCGAGCCUUUGUUUUCAGCGAAUUAUUCUAGCCUGUUUGUAGACUAUUGAGCAUCACUUAUCGGCAAUCUUCUACUAGGGUUCCCUGGUAGAAAUGUUCAGCAGUUUAUUAGCAGUCACUACCUAGUUCAUAUUUAACUGGCCAGUGCGUUCAGCAGUGAUUCGCCAGUCGCUGUGCCGAUUUCGUCAGAUUUUCGACACAGUCACUGGCCAAGGACUGGGGAAUCAGACUUGAAAAUACAACUAAUGACAAUUGUGCGUUUCUUACUAUUUUUAGCACUGGAAAUUAAUAAAAAUGACUUAGAAUUAAAGAAA